AUGACUAGAAGGCUUUCAGUCUCUUGCGUGCGACUCAAUUCCUUCUCGCAUUCCCCCUUUGGAGGAAGCUGCGUUGAUAUUUUCGACAUUGUUCUCCAAUCUCAUCUGAAGAUGUUGUUCUCUUCUGCUACUUCAAGCCUCCAAGACUCUGUGGCUUCCUUCAAUCGCUUGCUCAUUAUGCGUCCCCGACCCUCUAUUGUCGAAAUUAAUAAGAUUUUAGGAUCACUUGCAAAGUCCAACCACUACCAAGUAGCUUUCUCACUUUCUGCCCAGGCCGAAUUGAAAGGAUUCCAACCAUCUUUAGUUACACUGAACAUUUUGAUCAAUUGCUACUGUCAUGUGGGUGGCUUGGCUUCUGCUUUUUCUUCAUUGGGUAAGAUUUUCAAGUGGGGUUACCAACCAGAUACUAUAACAAUGACUGCAUUGGUGAAAGGACUCUGCAUGAAAGAUGUAGGGAAAGCACUCGACUUUCACGAUGAACUGUUGACAAAAGGAUUUUUCUUAGACGUAGUAACUUAUGGCACCUUAGUUAAUGGGCUGCGUAAGAGUGGAAAAACGAGAUGUGCUGUUAAAUUGGUACGAAUGAUGGGGAGACGAAGAAUUAAAGCUAAGCGUAAUUUGAUUAUAUAUAACACAGUCAUUGAUGGCUUUUGUAAAGAAGGGCUUGUAAGUGAGGCAUCUCAGUUGUGUUCUGAAAUGAUCAGCCAAGGAUUAUGUCCUAAUAUUGUCACACACAUACUUUAA